CGUAUACAACGAGGAGGGUUUCAUUAUUUAAAGACUCGUGGCUCUUCUUCCCCUUGUCUGCUGUUCGACUUGCAGAAGCAAAAACCCUACUUUUCUGGUCCGAAAAUGUCUGCAGCCCCAUCUCAGGACGAGGAUAAGAAGCCGACGGACCAGUCGGCUCACAUCAAUCUCAAGGUCAAGGGCCAGGAUGGGAAUGAAGUAUUUUUCAGGAUUAAACGUAGCACCCAACUUCGGAAGCUCAUGAAUGCAUAUUGUGAUCGACAAUCGGUUGAUCUCAACUCCAUUGCAUUCUUGUUUGAUGGCCGGCGCCUUCGUGGAGAGCAGACGCCAGAUGAACUUGAAAUGGAGGAUGGUGAUGAAAUUGACGCAAUGCUGCACCAGACUGGAGGUGGUUGUGGAGGCCCUUAGGCUAAGCAUUUGAUUUUUGUUCCAUGUACUAAGACUUAAAUGUAAAGAAAAGAAAUAUGGUUGAUCCGAUCUUGGGCUUGAGAAAUCAAAUGAUAAUGGUAUCUUCAUCCGGCUUUUAAAACAGGUUAUGUCCUACGGACAUUGAUGGUCCUUUUUUUGCUGGAUUUGAAUAGUAUUGGAUAUAAACAUAAUACUUAAAACUAUUUUUGUGUUUUUAUUUUAUA